CCGUUGAGGGGUUUUAUAUCAUGACCCCCUUCCCAUUCAGACUCGCUCUAGGAGACUAAGUUUUUUGGUACACCAAAGGUCCUUUAUCGGUAAUCCACUAGAUUCUCAGGUGUAUCCUGAACGACACAGUCAACAUGAGUCCUUUCCUCAACAGUGAUCGAUCACCUUCGCCCGAAGGUUCCAUCAAGUUCGGCCCUGAGAUCAAAGUCGCUGUAAUCGGCGCCGGCGUUAGUGGUAUUUGUGCAGCAGCAUAUCUCCUCAAAGAAGGUGCCGAUGUCACUGUAUUCGAACGAUCUGGCGUCACAUCUGGUGUAUGGCACUACGACCCAAGGUCCCCGAAAACGCACUACCCCAGCGAGAAGCCCUCUAUCGGCGACUAUGUGACUUCGCUCCCAGGACAAUUCUCCUCGAAUCAGAAGAUUUCCAAAGCAAGCGCUGCUCAUCCUCUCGAUACGCAAGAUCGCAACGCUCUUGAUGUUGCAUUCUCUCCUCCGGGCCCCGCUUAUUUCGGUCUUCGGAACAACGUCCCUACAAGUCUUCUCUACAGCAAUCUUGGUCCAUGGCCAGAAGGGACUGAGGAUAUUACCGGUCAUGAAACAAUCCAAAGUUAUCUCCAAGGUUUAAGUAAGGAAUUCGGAGUCGACGAUGCAACAGUCUUUUAUACACGUGUUGAAGAUGUCAAAAAGAGCGAUGAUGAAACCCACUGGGAUCUUCGAACCAUAACGCUACUUAAGGGCGGAGGCGAUCCGAGAAUCAUCGAACGGAAUUGGAAAUUCGAUGCUGUCGUUGUGGCAACUGGUCAUUAUAACUUACCCCGCAUUCCAGAUACUCCUGGUCUCACUGAAUGGAAAGCUCACUUUGGAGAUGAUGUUAUACAUACCAAACAGUAUCGUCGUCCGGAGCAGUUUGAAGGAAAGACGGUAUUGGUUGUUGGUGGCGGUGCGUCGGCAUAUGAUGUUUGUCGUGAGACGAGUGAGAAGGCGAAGAAGGUUAUUCAGAGUACCAGGGGCGGUGAUUUUGACUUGCCGCCUUCGAUGUUUCCUGGAAGUGUUGAGCAUGUUGGGGGGAUUGAGAAGUUUGUGUUGGAGAAGGAUCCAGAAACGGGAGGAAUGAGGAGCCGUGUUCUCUUGAGUGAUGGGAAGGCUCUUGAUAAUGUCGAUGCCGUCGUUUUAGCGACAGGAUACCUAACAUCAUAUCCCUUCCUCGCACAAUAUCACCGCGAUGAUAUAUCCUUCGACAACGCGACGCGCGAUAUUCUCAUAACUUCAGAGGGUAACAUGGUGCACAACCUUCACAAAGACAUAUUCUACACCGAAGAUCCAACGCUCUCAUUUAUCGGCGUACCUUAUUACACCGCAACAUUCUCACUCUUCGACUUCCAAGCGCAAGUCCUCGCUCGGGUGCUCACUGGCAAGACUACCCUGCCAGACCAAAACUCCCUACGAAAGGAAUAUGAUCAGCGCGUUGCUAAUAAGGGACGCGGACGCAAGUUUCAUAGUUUGGCGGGAGAUGGUGAAGAGAUUAUGUAUGUGAGGGAUUUAUUGGACUGGGCGAAUUCAAGUCUUGUUAGCGAUGAUAUUGAGCCGUUGGAUGGGCAUUCGAAGGAGUGGUUGGAUACGUAUAACGAGCAGAGGGAGAAGCGGAAGUUGUUGAGAGUUGCGAAAGGCGCUGAACCUGAGGGAUUAUGGGCUCGGCCUAGUGAUUUAGAGAAGGCAUAGCGCUGUGCGAAAGUGGGAUGGCAUGCAGAAGAGAGGAUGUCGUGAAAGAUAUCUGGUGACAUAACCACUGCGCAAAGACCCACGUAAACGAUGGAGGGACUUCAACGCGGACGUCAACAAUUUCUCAAUCACAGGAAUGAUGAGUAUAGGCAAAACAGAGGGAAGUUAUUUGAUUGAAACCUCCAUUGAAUUCGCUUUUCC